AUGGCGCACAGAGAUGAAAGUGAAGAUGAUGAAGAGGUGGCCGAUGCGCUGGAAGCGCGACUUUCCACGCUCCAGCACCUUUCACCUCAAGAAGCGGCGACCAUGUUGGGUCGCAUGCCCCCUCGCCAAGCCGGACAGCUUGUCCUGCUGAUGGGUAGCGGCAAUCGUGCUACCAUACUGGCGGCCAUGUCCGAUGCUGCAAAGGUGUCUGUGGCAAGCACGCUGCCAACAGACACAGCCGAAGCCCUGGGCCUUGUGGUUUCAAGCGCUGACGGUACAGAAACAGGUGCGGCUGACUCUGACGCAUUGGAGGCGCCCACUGUUCAUGGAGGCUCUGGCGAUCAUUGCACUGAGCCCCCUGCACUACGAGCAGAAGAAGCGAACUCGAGCAGGGAAGAAGUGCAAGAAGCUGAAAGCUUGCCGGUGCAGCAAGAGGAAGAGGGGGAGGAGUGUCAAAAGGCAGAUGGGCCGAGUAAGCUUGCGGAGGGGAUGAAUGCCAGCGUAGGCACGCAGCAAGAUGAACGUGGACUGCGCGAACCGAUACAAAGUCCAGAGACUGAGCCGGCCGAGCCGGUGGAGCCGGUGGAGCCAGCUCAAGAAGAGGAGCUUGGCCCCAAGUGCGAUGCAGAGUCAGACGAAGGCCCUGAAAGCCACGAGCAAGAAGACCAAGCAGGCCAAGCUGGGCAUGCCGAGGAUGCCGAGGAUGCAGCGGCUUGCACGGUGGCUGCUAGCGAAUCAACAGCGUCCAGCGGUGUCGAUGUGAAUGGUGGCGACAUGGAUUGUGCCAGUGGCCAACCUGCAGCCCGUCAUGAGCCCGUCAGGGAAUCAGACUCUGGAUAUCCCACUUCGCCCCUGCCCGUGUCAUCCGUGUCAUCCGUGUCACAAGCGGACAAGUCG